ACCUAAUCACCAUGGCAGAAAGCCUAGAAGACACUUUGCGGGAAUUGCAAGUAACAUUGACUAAAUUGAAUACUUUCCUAGAAAUUCAAAAUCAUCAAACGGAAACUUAUAUUGAGAAUAAUGACGCAGAUAUUGUCACAGGCCCAGAAACUUCCACCCUCUUGAUGCCAAAUUUGGAUCAAUGGCUAAGUGACCAUGUCUUGGAUCAGGUUCUACUGAAAGAGAUGCGAAAAGCAUUCAUCGACUUCGUUUUAAGCAUUGCUGGCAGUCUUAUUUAUCUUCUUUCUCGGGAUCAAGACACUUUGUGCUUCGAAUUUGACCCAUUAAUAGAUAUUACGUUUCGUAUUGAGGGAUUGCGAAUCGCAGUCAAGGAACGUUCGAUGUUUAUCGAAUCAUCCCAUAUAACACAAUCCAUUAAAAGCCAAUGGCCGAAUCACAUUGGUUAUGUAGAGAAAUCUUACGGUGAACCUAAUUUUUCAGGAUAUCCCGUUCAAUGUAGCGAUGGAAAUAUUGGGAGAAUCAUCUUCAAUGACAAUGGCCUCGACGAUGACAAAAACUCGAUUAUGGCUUUGCCUACACUCAUAAGACUUUGUAACUGGCUUAGAAAGCCAGCAUCUAAAAACCGAAUUAACCCAACGCUUCUUCGAACUAUUGCAGUCCCUUGGGACUGCCUUGCAAGUAGUCGCGAAAGCAUAUGCAUUGAGAACCACCACUUUGAGAUGACAUACAAUCUACAUUGGUGUGAAGAGUGGCCUCGACAUUGGGGAACCCCUACGGCCACUUCCACUGGUUUAUUACUCAACAGAGAAUUUGUUGACUUAACCACGCCCCGUUCUACUAUCGGAAGGAGGAUGUAUUUUAGAUUCAAUGAACGAAGAGCAGUAUUACAUCUUCGUGUCGAGCAGCUUAGUGAUAAAGUUGCAUAUACCUUACUAUUAACGUACGACUGCGAUAAAAAGAACACGCGUAUGCAAUCCGAAUCUAUUCCAAACGAGGAAAUAUGGCGACAAAAUGGAAUACUUCCCUGCGGCAAGGGCAUCUGGAUUGCUCAAUUCCAAACUAUCAUAUUAAUCAUGUUUAGUCGCUGGGAGCAAGGCUGGAUAGGUACCCUGGACAAGAUUGAUCAAACUGUCCGCGUUAAGCUUGCUUAUUUUGAUGACCAAGAGGCGGGCUGGGAUAGGUUGAUGUUUGACAAUUCGUUCCAGCUAUCAAGAUUAUAUUUCAAUGUCCAUCAAUUACUACGCGUCAUAAAUGAUUGGAUCGAAGAGAGCGUGAUCGAUCUUAAGGCAAUACGACAGGAAUGGCUCAAGAAUAGAAACAAUCUGGGGUUUCAUCUUGAUAAGCGAGAGUUGCGAAUGAUCGAGAAGAAUUGGGAUACUGUCAUCUCCGAUAUAGAUACACGGGCUAAAGGGCUCAUUGACCGUGUAAAUCGGAGAACGCAAGAUGUGAAAGACCUUAGGGAUGGGCUUUUCAACGCUACUUCUAUUCGCGAUGCAAACAAAGGAAUGGCUCUCAAUCGGGCGAUAUACGUCUUUACAGUAGUGACUGUAAUUUACACCCCCCUAGGAUUCAUGGCUUUCUUCAGGUGA